AAGUUGAAUUAUUACUUCAUAUUGAUAACGGGUCUAGAAUUAAAUACAGAGGGAUUAAACGGCGAAAUAUGAAGCACGCGUGGGUCAGAUGGGAUAUGGGCGAAAACUUCUGGUUGCAAAUCUCAUGGGACCAUCUGGGAGAUACAGGUGCAGCCGGGACUAUAUUGAAAUGAACAUUAUACAAAUAAGUGUGACGGCUGUUCUCCGGCUGCAGAAGAAACACUCGAGUCUACGUCACUUAUAUCUGCACGUUUUCGGUAGGAAAAUCUUCAGAUUCCGUUAUAUUUUUGGGGGGUGAAAGACAUCUGGAGUGACUGCAGUGUUAUACUGGAUGAUUCUGAGAUGUGUGGUCUCCUCAGCUAGCAUCAUUCAAUGAACAUCAGACUUGCAGACUGACGACAGCGUGAGAGAGAGAGAGAGAGAGAGAACACACAAAAUGAUAACCCUUGCUUACAUAUACCAUUUCGCUCUGCUAAUAGCAUGUGGCAACACGCUGAUUAUACCAGAAGAGCUUCCUUCAAUCCUGUCGGUCAUCUAUUCUAACAUCCCACCCAUCAAGAAAGGGACGGAUUCUCGCGUGGGAGUCGGUUUCCGGCUAGGUGACCAUGCAGACUUCCAGGUGCUUCUGGAACUGGGUCCACAGUUAAAUACUCAGCCUCUCGGUCCUGAUGGAGAUACCAAGAAAAGGAGGCAAGUCCAGCGACCUGCCCCCAUCACUCUUCCAGUAACAGGCUCAGAAACAAUUGCUAAUACACCAGGAGGAAAAUGGUUGUCUUCAUGGCGCUCAGCGCUAGUUAACUUCCAGUCCACGACUGCCAACAAAUAUUCUGCAGUUGGACAAGAGAAAGCUAUUAUGAACCCCAUGGAAGGCAAGGAGCAUGUUAUAUCUCAGCUGCAACAGCUCUACAAAAAUGGCAGCAAAGCAAUUGAAGAGUCAAAUACUGAAACAGCAACAAAAGACAGUGAGCCAGUGGGAAAAAGUAGUAUGACUUCAGCGGAAACUUGAACCUCACUGGCACUGCCACUCUCACUCCACAGAAAGCCAGUCAACAGAAUAAGAGAUAGGCUAUAAAUUUUGUAUAGUGAUCUAUGCAAUGAUUAGAUGGGAGUAACUGAAAAUGAUUCAACAAGACAGGCUAAUAUUCCAAACAGGUUUGUGACAAUGUCUCUUUCUUCAUACCACAAUAAUAUUGAAUAUUAUUCAUUAUCUUAGACAUGUCCGAUAUGAAUCAUAUUUUAGUAGCUGGCUCCAUACCAUCUUUAGGUGAUUACUCGACCUUUUACUGGCAGAUAUAUUUACUAUUUUUAUCACUGAUUGUAAAGGCAAGCAUUAGGGUCAAAUUAAGAGCCUCUGAUUAUCAAAGUUGCAUGUUAAUCCCUAGUUCUAUUCACUGAUACUUUAGUGGUUAUCUUCCAAGUUUAAUUUUAAGAAGGUUCCUACUUUAACAUCAACCAUUAACACUCACUCACUCACUCACCCACUCAUGGAGCUGAGCCCUUCUUGA